AUGUCAGAUAACGUAAAGGUGUCGAUCAAGGUACGUCCGUUGAUCAGACGGGAAAAGGAGAACAAACUUACUCUGCAAUGGCGCAUUCGAGAUAAUACGAUCGUAUCAAACGAUGGCAAUGGUGAUCCUUUUGUUUUUGAUCACAUUUUCGACGAAACCGUUUCCACCAAACAGCUUUUCGAUACUGUUUGUCGACCUGUUAUACUAUCAGCGCUGAAUGGCAUCAAUGGGACGAUAUUCGCGUACGGUCAGACGUCGUCUGGCAAAACGUACACCAUGAUCGGGAACGAGAAUGAACCUGGUGUAGUUCCGCUGACGGCACGGGAAAUUUUCGAGCAGAUUAAGCGCAUUAAGGAGCGUGAAUUUUUGAUCCGGGCUGGUUUUAUCGAAAUCUACAACGAGAAGAUCCACGAUCUACUCACAACCGGCAGCACCAACUUGAAGAUAGUGGAGAACCAAUGUGGUGACGUUUCGGUUAACUUGAAGGAAAUUCUCACAAACUGUCCGGAACAAAUUAUUCAGCUUGUGGACGCUGGGAAUAAGGCGCGGAAGAUCGGUGAGACGAACAUGAACGAACGCUCGAGUCGGUCGCACACGAUCUUCCGUAUUAUAAUCGAAUCCCGGUUGAUCAGUGCGUCCAACGACGACACCGGAAAGGAUAAUGAAGCGGUCCAGAUCGGCAUACUGAACCUGGUUGAUUUGGCCGGCAGUGAGCGGGCUGACCAGACCGGAGCGACUGGUUCCCGGUUCAAGGAGGGCGUCUGCAUCAACAAGAGUCUGUUGUCGCUCAGCUGCGUCAUCCAGAAGUUGAGCGAAAACUCGGACAAGCAGUUCAUCAACUAUCGUGAUUCCAAGCUAACACGCAUCCUGCAAGCGUCGCUCGGUGGUAAUGCAGUCACAUCGAUGAUCUGUAACAUCACGCCAGCGGUCGUAGACGAAACGUACUAUACGCUCAGCUUCGCGAUGCGUGCCAAGAACAUCCGUAAUAAGCCGAAGGUGAACGAAAUCCUUACCGAUGCGGCCAUGAUGAAGCGUCUCGAACGGGAAAUCAAACGACUCAAGAGCGUAUUGCGUACGGAGCAGAGCAAGAUUAAGACGAUGGAGCUAAUAAACGCGAUCACGUUGCGAACGAACCAGUUCAUUUCAUCGAACCAGCCGCAAGCUAUCGACCAUGCUCGGCGCCGCACUUGGUGUCCAUCGAACACGGAAAUUCCGCGCCCCCUGAUGGGCCCACCAGCGUCCGCCUCGGCAGCCCCUUAUCUUGUCACCACGAACGACAUGACACCACAAAUUGCAACCCGCGCGAUACCAGCGGAAGACGACUAUCCAUCGCCCUCGGUUGGCAACGGAGGAUUUCGUGCCACGCUGGCGCUAAUGGGGGACGACGUUUCGCAAAGCCACCAUCGCGAUUUGCUCCUCGAUCACCAGGAAAUGCUGAAGAGACCAAGGCGCUCGCCGUCCCCGAAUCUGCUGCUCAAUCCGUUUUCCGUCGACGGCGAAGAGUUUGUACCGGGUGAGCAGAUCAGCUUCGGGCCCUCAUCUCUAUCGCCAACCUCGAGCAUGACACGCGAUUUACACACUCCGAGGGUGCUGCGAAAAACACGCCGUUCUUCUACCGGUGACUCACCAUCCUACUUGGACUAUGAGCAACGGUGCCGGGUGCUGGAACAGGAGCUGCAAGAGCUACAGGAAUUCACCAAGCUGGAAAGCUCGAUUGAGCUGGAAACGCUGAAGCAAGAGCUGGUUAAGCGUGAGGAGACCCUGGCAGAGCAGAAAUACGAGCUGGACGAGAAGCAGCACCGCAUGGAACAGCUGGAAGAAAGAUGCGCGCACCUUGAGAGCGAACUGGAGAACCAAAAAACGACAGUAUGCAAUGCAGAACAAGAGCUCGCCCGAGCAAUCAAGGAGCGCCAUGCAGCGGACCGGCAAGCGGAACUGCAUCGAAAUCAGCUCACUGGCAUCGAGUUCGAGUUCGAACGCUUCCGACAACGAUCGGAAUCGCGCGAAAAGGAACUGAUAGAAACGUUGCAAGAGGCACGCAGUGCGGCUGGUGCCACGCCAAACAGCUCCGAUAGCUUAAAAGUAGAUCAGAAGCGUGAGGAAAUGAAACGCCUCGAGAUGCAAAACUACGAGUUCACCCUACAAUUGGAGAAGUGCAACAAACAGAUGGAGCAACUAAAAGAAUCCAGCCUUGAGGAACAUAGGAAAAUCGAACAGGUCAAACAGAUCGUGCUCCAGUAUCAACUGCUUAGUCCUUGCAAAGAGAGCGAUGCUACUCAAUCUCUGGUGUUACCGCUGCGAAAGCUCCUGCUUUUGGCUGAAAAUGAAACCACCUGUAUCAUUAAGCAGAACGGUUUUCAUCCUGUUUCUCCACCGGCUGCUGAGAAUGACGCUGACUGCACUAACGGUCAUGACGGGAAUACCACCGUUCUUGGAGAGGAGAAAACGAUCCAGGAGUUGCUAAAUAUCAUUGAGGAACUGGAGAAGAAAGUCUCAAUCGUGGAGCAUGAAAAAUGCACCGAACAGGAAGCGAACAAAGUCCGAUUAAGUGAAUUAAAAUUGGUACUGGAGAAAAAAUCGGCCGACGCCGUAGAGCAACUGGAGCAGCAGCUAAAACAGUGGCGUCAGAAAUUCGAAACACAAACCAACGAGUACGAUGAGCUAUCGACUCAGAUGAUGGAUCAAAUGCAGGAGAAUGAUGUACUGCGGAAAGACUUUGAGGCGUGUAGUCAAAAGUUGGUCGAAAUGGAAAAUGCAACGGAUACCGAGCUGGCCGCAGUGCGCAAGACAUUGGAGCAAUCCGAUUCGAAGCGGGAAGAAUUGCAGCGAUUGUGUAACUCGCUUAGUGGAGAGAUUAUCAACCUGAAAGCGGAAAUUGAGAAGCAGACCACGUCGGUAAGCGAGCUGGAAGCAUUAAAGAUGCAAACGACGUUGGAGUACGGUGAACUCAGGUGUGAAAAGGAAGAGCUCUCCGCUCAGUUGAAGCGUCUAGAGCAAGAGAUUGAAUCUUAUAAGCACGAAAUGCAGUCGAUCAAUGAUGAGCAUGAGAAGCUUAUCAAACAGCUUAAUGGCGAAAAGGAUGCGCUAGAGAGCGCAAAUAAUGAAUUUCGUUCCAAAGUGGACACGCUACAAAAUGCGUUGCAACAUCUUCAAGAGCAAAGCAAUCUUCUCGAUGAAGCAAAGCUGCAUUCUUCAGAAAAACAAACGUUGGAAAAAGACUUGCAGGAUAUGCGUGAUAGCCAGGCCGAACAGGCGACUCGUUUGGCUGAGUUGCAUCAGGAGCUGCAAAAAUUGUUGGAGGAAAUUGAAUCAUUGAAAAACACGAUCGAUCAGCUAACGGAAGAGAAGAACGGACUGACUGAACAAUUAGCUAGGCGGAAUACAGAAUUACUAGAGGUACAAGAGUUGAACAAGACGAUAGAUAAGCGCGUUCUAGAGCUAGAAUCGGAAAUCGAAAGAUACCAAUGCGAGUUGCAAACAUCGCGCGCGGAACAAACUGCGUUAGUGAGUAAGCACGAGGAACAGCGGGAAGCUUAUGAAAGCUGCCAAAAUAUGCUAGAAAAGGAGAUUGAAUCUACAAAGUGCACGAUUUUGAGAUUAACGGAAGAAAAUGAAAACGUAUUAAAGCGUAGGAACGGUGACGACGAAGAGCAGAAGUUGCUACUGGAUGAGUUGACGCGGUGUAAGGACACACUGGUGCAGCAACUGAAGCAGACAGAAGAGGAACUGGCGAAGAUUACAUCCGCUCUAGACGUGGCCCGUAGCGAAAGUAUCUCGCUGAUGGAGCAACGAAAAUCCGACCGAGAAGAGUUAGAUCUCGUCAAACAAAAGCAGGAGGAGCAAGUGCAACUGAUGACUGAUCGUCUGAACGAAGAAAAAACUAGAACGGAGCAACAGAACGAUGCGCGCCGCAAGCUAGAGGAAAGAAAUGCGACCAUCGAACAAGAGCUCGCGUCCCUGCAGCAAAACGUCUUACAAUUGAUGAACGAAAAUGAAGCCCUGUUAAAGGACCAACUCGAAGAGGAGCGAUCCGAACGGCAACGGGUCUCGGCGGAGGGCGAAGAGCUCGAGAAGUUGCGCUCGUGUCGGGACGAAUCGGAGCGACUUCUUGGACAACUCGAGUGCGAUUUAGCAACCGCUCGGAAAGAACUGGAAAUGGUUCGUAGCGAGCUGCUGGAGGAGAAGCGACGGCGGGACGAAAUCGAGCAUAUGGAAAAGAAGUCCGCGCAGACGAUGCUAGAGGAGACGGAACGGCUGAAGUGUGCCAUCAUGGCGCUUGAAGAUGAAAAACAUCGACUGCAGGAAGCGGACGGCCGGCUUCGAGACCAACUAAAAGUGACCGAGAACCGCACGGUGGAACUGGAGGCGAAUGUGCGGGAUAAGGAAAGCUUGCUCGAGGAGUUACGCAAGGAAAACAACGACCUAACAGUGGCCGUGCAGGAGCUUUCGGCGAAGAUUGUCAGCCUAGAAGAGCAAAUGGACGGAAAUGAAGCCUCCCAGCGGAAGACCAUUGACGCACUCGUAGAGGAGAAGCAAACACAGGAAGCCACUGCUGCUGCUCUAAUGUCGCAGGUUCAGCAGUGCAAGGAAAAGUUGUGCGCAAUCGAGCACCAGUACGAAUCCACACAGCAAGAACUCCGCUCGAUGAAGGCUGCGCUAGAGGCGAGCCUUGCUGUACGAAUGCGUCUCGAGUUGGACGCUGAGGAAUCGUCCAGCGUUCGGGAUGUGCUCGAGCGUGAGCUGCAGGAUUUGAAGAGCGAUCUCGAGAAUUUGGAUGGCAAAUUGGCGAACGAACGGUACGAGCAAGAGCGGCACGUUUCGGCUGGUUUGCGGCGUGAGCUGGAUGAGAAACGGAAAGAGUUGGAGAGCUUCAUGGCCACCGGGCGGCCAUCGCUAGGUGAUGGCCGGGUUGUGCAGGCGCUUCGACGUGAGAACGAAGAUCUGCUUAAGCAGCUGGAAGAGUCCCGUCAAACGGACAUACCAAAGGGUAAGCAGCUGCAGGAGCGGAUCAGUGAGCUGGAAGCGGAAAACGAACAACUGCGCGAAGAGAUGUCAACGAUGCGGCACGAGGCUAGCUUCAAUGAGAAGGAGAAAGAAAUUACACAUCUCCGGCAGAAGGUGCAGACCGCGGAGAAGGUUCGCGAGGAGACCGUAACGCAAAAACGCACAAUCGAGCGCGCUUACGAUCAGCUGCGGUUCAAGAACCAGAAGCUCGCAAAGGAAGUAGACGAGCUUCGUCGCACGACGGAUAAGGAGCGAAAAUCAAGGCGACAAAGCACGCACGAUGACCGGCGAGGCCUGUUCAAUACUAAAGAAAUGGGCACGAUGACCGAUCCGAGCUCGUCAGAAUGUGCCUGUUCCGAGAUGGACGCACAAAUCCGGGAUCUCCGCAACAAACUCACACUGAAAGAUUGUCAACUGAACACGCAGAAGCUGAUCACGUCAGCGAACCCGCUCAAAAACGAGAUUACCGAAAUGCGUCGCAAACUCGAGGAACAAUACCGGGACAAGGCUCAACUGGAACGGGAAAUGCGGGAGCUGCUUGAGCAGUUAGAUCGGGAACGAAAGGAACGCAAGCGACACUGUACGCAGUGUAUCCGGCACAGUCGUCAGCAGAACGCACGUUGCGACAAAGCGGUCCAAGCGUACCAACCCACCACUGCAGCCGGUGUAUCCGAUGGGGUUGGAGCUGAUGUAGACCCAGCAGAGCUGCAACGUAGCCUCGAGAAACAGCAGGAACAGUACGAGCAGUUGAUGGUGAAGUACCAAUCAAUGAAGCAGCUGUGUCGGUUGCGAAAUGAGAAGAUUACCAGCCUUUGUACUAACAUCACCGAUAUGGAAAAUGAGAAAACGAAUAUGAAUUGUAACUUGGAGAAUGAGUGCACAAAGUUGAAGCAACAGUUAAAGGAAGCGGAAAUACAGUGCGCACUACUCAACCGGGCCAGUAAGGUGGGAGGAAAGUCCAUCAACAAGUCCGAAGUUGGCUCGCAAACGGACUUUGAUGUAUGUAUGGCAACGGUUUCCAAUCAGGAAGCACAAAUGUACCGUGAUAAGUACGAACGUUACAAGGCGUUAGCUGCAAAACUGCUAGAAGAAACAAAAACCGCCAAACUGAACACGCACCGCACGGUAAGCGGUGUUUAAUGUCGAAUGGUUCCAUGCCAUUUUGUUCGUUGAAAUUUGUUGUAUGUACCAUAAGAUUCUCUAGUCGUCCCGUGAAAGAGGCGCCGGACAGUAGGCGAUACUCUAAGCAAUUGUGGAAAAGUUGCGUUCGCGCGCAGGGUCGAGAUAAAUUCAUUCAUUAGUCUGUAAUGCAAACCGUCCUCCUUAUUCAUUCAUCCGCCGUGUGUCCGUGUGAGAUCGUAAAACUUAUGUAGUUUACUGAACGUAGCUUUUUAAAUGUCCUUAUCGUGAAAUAUCACGAAUAAUAGUUUUUUUUUUGUGAACAAUUGUACAUUGUAAAUCACUAAAGAUUGUGCAUUUAGUCAUGCCCGUAUGCUCCGUUGUAAAAUGUGUAUAUUUUUGUGUUACUACUGGCCUAUGUACCGUACCUUUGAAUCACAAAUCGUAAAUCGCUUUUCUCACAAUUCUAGCUAAGGUUACAUUAGCUCAUAUUUAUUACGAGAAAAACCUUUGUUAUAUUCAUCCCUUAGGAUCGAACAUCUCCAAUAGAUAACGUAAUGCAAGCGAUAGUAACGUGUUUGGGCGAAUAAACU